AUGUCGUUUUACAGUUAAAGACCGUUGCAUCAACGAUAGAUUAGCCGUACCUUUGCAGUUUCUUUGAAGUUAGGAUGUAAAAUGCACGUUCUAGGAAGAGACACUGACACACCGAGUUGCUGGGGAUCCCUUGCGUCUUCUGUAUAGGCUGGUAAAGGACAAAGCCCUCUGUCCUUGUAGCUUUUGUGAUAACUUUAAAUUGGAUCUGAACCAUUGUGUCGUUGGAUCCACGCCGCUUUUGUCUUGCUACUCUGAGUAUCCUACCGCCCUUACCUGGGAAGUGUGAACAACAUAAUACUAUCACUCCUGGAUUCUGGACUGGGGCACGGAACGUUUUAUUUGUAGGCUAUUUGUUUAUUUUAUAUAAAAAUCGUUUCUUAUCAACGGUCAUCUCUGGUGCAUUAAUGCACCCGUUUCAGUGGUGUAACGGGUGCUUCUGUGGUCUGGGACUGGUCUACUCCAACAAGUCGUGCACCAUGCCUCCCAUCACCUUCCAGGAUCUGCCCCUCAACAUCUACAUGGUCAUCUUCGGCACGGGCAUCUUCGUCUUCAUCCUCAGCCUCGUCUUCUGCUGCUACUUCAUCAGUAAGCUGCGUCACCAGGCCCAGAGUGAGCGGUUUGGCUACAGAGAGGUGGUUUUGAAAGGAGAUCCGAAGAAGCUGAACCUCCACGGGCAGACCUGUGCUGUCUGCCUGGAGGACUUCAAAGUCAAAGAUGAGCUGGGAGUGUUACCAUGCCAACAUGCCUUCCACAGGAAGUGUCUGGUGAAGUGGCUCGAGGUGCGCUGUGUGUGCCCCAUGUGUAACAAGCCCAUCGCAGGUCCCCCGGAGCAACACCACAGCCUUGGAACACUACUGGACGAACUGGUGUAACCCUGUCAACCGCAUCCAGCCCCGGUGGUGACGCCCCCAGCUGGCGUAAUUUAGCAACUGCCAGGAAGAGCACACUGUUACGUGGAGUAACCCAGACAACCCCCACAGAUGAUAGUGAGCUGGUGUAACCUAGUUACCACCCACAGAGAACUCUGAUGGAUGCGCCCGAGUUACCUAGCAACCAGCCCCGUGGUGCAGAAGUGACACCUUGUGGUGGACAAAUUGAAACCCACCCAAGUCACUGUCUUGUCUGUCUGUCGGUCUGUCUGCCUCUCUCUCUGUGUCUCUCUUUGUGUAUGUGUCUUCACUGUGAUAUGUAUUCCAAGUUGCACAGAACUUUGACUUUUUUUGCCUUUGUUGUUUUUUUUGUUAUAUUGAAAAACAUGAAAAUGUGAAUUUUGUUGAUCCACACAAACAUUAGGCUAAGACUGAGGUUUUGCAAGUUUUUCCACUAGUGUUACAUUUUGUACAUAAACAUUGUUGUAUUGUACUCCAAAACAUGUGUAAACCAGUUGGUGUUUCAAUGUUGGUGUCCUAUUUGAUCUCGAUAUUACUAACUGAAUCGGUGGACUGUGGAAGUCUAACAUGUACUGUACACACUUUUCUAUACAAUAUGUCACACUUUCUCCUUCUUCUAUGGUUUAGUUGUAUGACCCGAGAAGGCUGUUGUCUUUCUCUGCCGGUUCUUAAAUCUGACAUGUUGAAGUGUUUAGAAGACCAAGAGUAUACUGCCCAAAGGAAGCACAAAACACACCAUGCCCGACACACAUGCCCCACAUCUGUGUGUGUGCGCGUGUGUGUGUCCGCGCACGUCUGGAACAGAUACAUAUUAUGUCCACUGUCCCAAAUGAGACCGAGCUGGAUCAGAGCAGAAUGUGCUGGUCAUCCCUGUGACCAAAGCAAGACGUGAGAAAAAAGAAGUUGGCUUCCCCAUACAGCCAGUCAGCCAAUGUACAUAGGUUUGACCUGACUGAAUGAACAGGCAUUAAAACUCUGUUUACAAAUUG